AUGGGUAGUGACGAAUAUGCAGUUAUUCUUCUCCAUGAAGGACGAUAUGCAAGAUCCUCAGUUGACCAUACCUAUCGCAAAUGUAAUACAAUACUUAUUCGCGGCCCGGCAGGUUCGUUUGUAGUGAAUCCAGGCUCUGUUUGGAAUGGUCCUGACUUAUUGUCUUCGCUGAAGUCUGUUGGAGUGCAUGAACCUGAGAGGGAAAUAAAAGGAGUCAUAUGCACUGAUGGUCAUGCUGAGCAUGUUGGUUGUAUGAGCAUAUUCAGUUCCGCUGACAUGAUGAUAGUUGGAUACGACAUACAAAAGCGUGGGGAUAUGUUUUUGGAGCAUGAUUUUUGUGAUGGUAUUUCACCUUACGAAUUCGAUGAGAACUUUUAUGUUAUUGGAACUCCUGGCCAGCGUGGUCCUCAAGUCAGUCUAGUGGUAAAUGGACGUCUUGUAGAUUCGAAGAAUGGCAACAGCUGUGAAUCAUGUCGUAUAGCAGUUACUGGCAACUUAUUUACAGACAUGCAAGACGCUAGUCGCGUCAGCUUUUUUGACACUUUGGAAGGAAAUCACGGAGAGGUUAACUGUGACAAAGAAAACAUGAUCAAUUGUUGGCGUCGAAGUCGGGGAUACAUCUUAGAGCGAGCAGAUUGGAUAGUUCCUGCAUACGGUCCUCCUUUCAAGGUAAAACCGGAGUACUGCUUGACACCAUGUGUUGAACUCGCCUAA